UGCACUUUCAAGUGUUCUGCAGGACGUAGUGUCAGUGGUAGUGAACAGUUCGACGAACUUUUUCAAAGACCCUUCCCAAAACAAGCCAAAAUGAAGGUGGAAAUCUGCUCAUUCUCCGGUGCUAAAGUUUACCCAGGAGCUGGAAGACUUUUUGUUCGUGGUGACAACAAGGUUUUCCGCUUUGUAAACAAGAAGUCUGAAAGCCUCUUCUUGCAACGCAAGAAUCCCCGUCGCUUGUCUUGGACCGUCCUUUACCGUCGCAUGCACAAGAAGGGUCUUUCUGAAGAAUCCACCAAGAAACGCUCUCGCCGUACUGUUAAACACCAACGUGGUGUUGUCGGUGCUUCCGUGGAUGUCAUCAAGGAAAAGCGUAACCAACGCCCUGAAGUCCGUGCUGCUGCCCGUGCCUCCGCUUUGAAGCAAGCUAAGGACAAGAAGGCUACUUCUAAGUCUGAGAAGAAGGCCGGCAAUGCCAAGUCUUCUGCCGGUGCUGCCCGUGGUCAAGCCAUCAAGAACGCUAAGGCCGCUGCUGCUCAAUAAAAUGAACGACAGCUUCAUAUAAUAAGAUGACAUUCUGUACAUUUAUGCUGCAGAUAUUGUAAAAACUGUAUAACUGAUAUCACCAAUAGUAAUAUGUGAAUUUUUUUUAAUCUUACACAAAAGAUCAUUGGAUCACAAUUAGAAAAUCUCUACCAUAUAGCCUUCAUGCUUAACAUAAGCUAACAAUAAAUCUCAGUGAUAAUACUACUAGUAAUGUAUCCAAUAUCUACGAUGAAAGAAGAAAAUCAUGACUUGUGUAUAAAACUAGCAUAAUCUACUCUAUGUUUUUGGCUUGAUAAAGCAAAAUAUAAGCACUGUCAGCUUCACCACCGCCA